UAUUUGUUUGGCCCUCACAACAUCGCGCGGAUCCAAAUCCAGAUCAUACCAAGGAAGAAGAAGAAGAGACGCACCAUCUUCCAUCUCCAAGAGGGAGCUUUCAUUUGAAUCUGAAUUGAGAUGGGAUUCCUAAUAACAAGCCUAAUCUUCGUGGUCGUUGGGAUAAUUGCUUCUUUGUGCGUUCGAAUCUGCUUCGCUAGAGGCCCUUCCACAAAUCUGCUUCACUUUACCUUGGUCAUUACUGCGACUGUCUGCUGUUGGAUGAUGUGGGCGAUUGUAUACAUUGCGCAGAUGAAUCCUCUGAUUGUCCCAAUCCUAAGCGAAACAGAGUAAAAUAGUCUACUCGGACUAAAACUAGAGAAAAGUUAUGCGCAAUUCCGGGUUGGCUACCUUCUUCUAUUUGGAUCCUUGUUGUGUAUCUUCAAUCUUUUAAACGGUUUGUAAUUCUUUAUCUUGGUGGUGUGAACAAAUCGAAAAACUUGUUGUCUCUGUAUUAUUGAAAAUUUUCCUUGUAUUCUCAGUCAGUUCCCAAAACAGCUGAGAUACUCAGAACAAUGUAUUGUUUGAUGAAAUAAUGUCUUUGACACGUC